AUGGCUGACAUUUGGACUAUCAGCUGCCAAGGGCAUAACACCCGUAUCAUUUCUUUGAUGAACUUUUCUUACACCUACAACGAAAAAUAAAAUACGAGCCUUAUAAUUGGUGCCAUAAUAAAAGACCUCGAUAUUAAAUUCAUGUUAAGUAUAAAUUCCGAUGAAUUCGGAGUCAGACAAGGGAGAGCUGAUACAUAAGUAGCGGAUCCUCUAACAAUAGAGAGUUUGUUAAUAAAGGAAAUAAUAGUCAAUUUUAAAAAAUUGGCAUUUCAAGAAAAACAUUUUUUAUAAAGUUUUGUGAAAAAAUUGUGCAGUGUAACAAUAUUGUUUUAUUAACGACGAUGGAAUAUGUCGUGAUAAAAGAUAUACGCCCUGGCCAGAAAAACAUAAAUGUGGUGUUCAUAGUUCUCGAAGUUGGCCAUCCUACAAUUACCAAAGAAAACCGCGAAGUUCGAACGUUCAAAGUUGCCGACAGUACGGCGUGUAUGAAUGUAUCAAUUUGGGAUGAACCUGGUCAACUAUUGGCACCGGGUGAUAUUGUUAAAUUAACUAAAGGUUACGCAUCCGUAUGGAGGCAAUGCCUAACGCUUUAUUCCGGUAAAAAUGGUGAUAUUCAAAAAAUCGGAGAGUUCUGUAUGGUUAUUAAUGAACAAUUGAACAUGAGCGAACCAAACCCUGCCUUAGUUCAACAGCUUAUUAAUCAAGGAGGUUCCGGCCCACCUGCUAGCAACGUUAACAACACAGUAACAAAUAAUGGCAAUGCAAAUAACGUAGCUGGUCCUCCAGGGAGACAAACACCGACGACGCAAAGCAAUGCCACAACUCCUGCAACUGCAACAACCACUGGAACGGGAACAGGAACACCUGCGACAAGUUCUGCUCCAGGGAAAGGCGGUAACGGUGGUUCCGCAGGUCUACCUGGGGGAUCGGCAAGAUUUUCUGGAGAAUCGGGCUCGAAAUCUUCAACUACAGGGAAGGGAGGAUCUCGCGGACGCGGUGGAUACCGAAAUGGAGGAAGAAGCGAUCGCAGAUAACAGGAAUCGAAAAUCUAAUCAUUUCGUCAUUAUUUUGUCUCCUUUAUAUUUGCAAAAAAAAUUUCCACACGACCAGACAGACAAUGAAGUUGUGAGAAAAUGACCGCAGAUGUUAAAUAUUACAUUUUUAUAUUAUACUGUAAAUGAUAAUGAUAACAAGGAUAUUAAGAUUGGGUGUACUUCCGAAAAACGCAUAGCCCCGAUCAAUCUGAAAUUUGGUAUAAUAACGUAUUAUCAUAUGAUUAUUAAAUUAAUACAACAAUUUAUACGAAAAA